GGCUACCAACUCUGAGCUGUAGAGUUCUAAGCUCAGCACCCUGAUUCAGUGCUGCCUUUGGGAAGAUGAAUCAAGACAGUGACUCAAGUGAUCAGCCCACUGGCCAGGACCCACUCCUAUUGCUGAAAACCCUUCAGCUUCUCUGGACAAAGAAAGAGAUGAAGAAGCAGCUCAAGGAAGAAAUCAGGCGGGGCUUUGCAGGACUGGAGGACCCAUUGGCAGGACUCCUGGACAUGCUGGAGAGCAGCAGUGAUUGGAAGGGGAAAGGGCAUUCCCUCGGGUAUUACAUCACCACUGAGUUGCAGCUUUGGAUAAAAGAGCAUCCUGCUGUUCAACAGUCUGGCAUCAAGCUGAAGAAGCUGCAGGCCCGUGUACUCAGAAUACUAGCCCACUGCCCAGCUAAUCUUCUUGACCCUCUGAUUAGCAUUUACCAGCUCCAUACAGCAGACCGGAACUAUUUGCUUGGACAUGUCAGUCAUCUUUAUCACAAGGGCGAUUACAAAGAGGCAGCCAUACUGAGUAUUAAGCUAAAAUUACAGCCAGAUCAAGAUGUGGAGAAGAUGUGUACGCCACUACUGCUCCAAGAUAAAACUAACUUGGUGGAAGAUUAUGUGGGAGAAUAUCCUGAGCUCCAGAGCAAGCUCUUGCAGAUUCUGGACACAUGGUGUGAACCUGGUUUUAAUAUCAGAGACGUCACAAGACAAUAUCAAGGCCUGUCCAGGUACAAACCAGAUAAAUUUAACCGCAAAAUGCUAAGCAAGCUGGUCUUCAGGCUCCUAGACCGAUUUAACGUGGAUCCAGGUCUCUGCCCUAAUGUCAUAAAUCAGCGGCACUUGAGAACUCUGAAUUACCUCUUUUACAAGAGGUUUGUUGAGAAAACCAUGACUCAGGAGAAUUGGACAGAUCACGUUCAGAGCACAGUUGGAGAGAAUCGAUGGCUUCAAGGGCACCUGAUACAGUUGCUAAUCAGUUACUGUGAUUUGAAGACAGCAGCAAGAUGGGUCCAACACUGCAAUUUGCCCAAGGAGAUGCUGCCAUAUGGAGUGGCUGAUGAGCUUCAAAAGCUUCAGAUCCAAGAGAGGGUAGAAGAGGCCACAAAAGCAGAUAAUUAUGAAGAGAGUAAGAAGAAGGACCAUUACCAGCUUCCUAUUCCACGGGCAAAUAUUCACUUCCUGCAGACGUGGGAGGAGACACUGCAGUGCUGGGAAAAGGUGCUGCAGCCUGGGCAGGUUGUUGGCAUUGACAUGGAGUGGAGGCCUUCAUUUGGCAUGGUUGGGAAGCCCCGUGUCUCCCUCCUUCAAAUCGCUCUGAAUGAUGAGGUGUUCCUGCUUGACUUGCCACGACUCCUCGAGCAUGCUGAGACGGAGGGUGGGAAGGAGAAGCUUCCUCAUUUCAUCCAGAUGCUCUAUUCAGAUGCAGCUAUCACUAAACUAGGUUAUGGGAUGUCUGGAGACCUUAGCAGCCUUGCAGCCACUUGGCCUGCUUUAAAAGACACAGAUAAGCAAGCGCAAGGUGUGGUGGACCUACUCACAGUAGACAAACAACUGCAGAAGAGCUCCAUUGACUGGAAGAAGGGUGGCCAGAAGGUCGAUGUACUGUCCCCGGAGCAGAGCAAUGAGGAUAGAGGGUUCAGGCAGCCAGAGAAAGGACUCAGCCUCUUGGUGCAACAUGUGCUGGGGAAACCGCUAGAUAAAACAGAGCAGCUGUCUAACUGGGAGAAACGGCCUCUCCGAGAGGAACAGAUCCUCUAUGCAGCUUCGGAUGCAUACUGUUUGCUGGAGAUCUAUGAGAAACUCUGUAAGGAUCCAGCGAGCUUUGGUCUGAGUUCAGACCUGACUGCGAGUCUGGUGGGAAAAUCAAGCAUAAAACCCAGGGCAAAGAAGCAGCUGAAUAAACAAGAAGUACUGUCACCUUCUGGACAGCAAUGCAAAGGUUCCAAAAAGGACACCUCAUGUCGCCCUGCUCCCAUCUCCCCAAAGGAGUUCAGCGUGGUCUGUGAUAACAUGCUGCAAGGCCUUGGGCGCUAUCUUCGCUGCCUUGGUGUAGAUGUCCAGAUGCUGGAGAAUGAGGAUGACCAUAGGAAAGCAGCUGAGAUUGCCCGACAGGAAGGAAGAGUCAUUUUAACCUCUGGACUCCCAUAUCAGACUCUGCAGUCCCAGGUAGCAGAAGGAAGGUGUUUCUCUGUGAACUGCUCAGAAAAGGCAAAAGAGCAGGCCCUGCAGGUUCUGAAGCACUUCAACGUUCAAGUAUCCCUGGCAGAUAUCUUCAGCCGCUGCCAGGUGUGCAACUGCAACAAGUACCUGAAGGUCUCAAGGGAGAGGAUGAGGCAGCUGGUGGAGGGCAGCAGGCAGGCGCUGGGGGAUGGCAGUGCAGGCUGCCUGGCAAGGAGCAAGGAGAAGCCCAGCCAGAGCUGCGAUGCUGCCAUGCCAGCCUGCAAUGCAGCCCAGCCCGGUUACACCCUGCACAGUGAAUGGCCUGAGGGACUGGACCAGUGCGGGGCGUCCAUGGUGCUGGCGGGGGGCACAGUCCUGCAGGUUGCUGCCAUCCCCCCUGGGGUGCUGGACAAACCCGAGCUCACCGACUUCUACUGCUGCACCCGCUGCGGGAAGGUGUUUUGGGAAGGGUCCCAUUUUGGACGCGUUGUCUCCCAGUUUCAGGAUGUUCUUGUCACUGCUGGGGAUGAGCAUCUGUGA